UAUCGUCCAGCAAACGACAAUGAGACCGUCGACGCAUUCGCUAGUAACUGGGAUAAGCCAGUGGAGAACCCACCAACUCGACCAACCCAGCAGCAGCCAGGAAUGCCUAUGCAACAGCAACCAAUGCAGCAAACACCGCAACAACCUCGUCAAUCUGGUCAGCCAGCUAAAACUCCAAGUUCGCGCCGAAAGAGAAAACAUCAGCCGAAGACGCCUAAGGAUGCAGGCUACGUAUACAAUGAGAAAGCCUUCUUCGCUUUGCCAAAAGCUAAAGAUCAACAAGGGCAACAAGACAAUCAACCAGCAGAUGCCGGUGUCUCCAAAGGGUCUACUCCUCAGCAGCAGCAACAACAACGGAAGCAUCAAAUAGAUCCAAAAACUCCUCCAGUUCCAAAAGGAAUGGACCCCUACUUCUAUAAGCCGGUUCCAAAACCCUAA